AUGUGGUUGCCACGAUUGAUGCGUGCAGCGAACGAAGAGCAGGAAAUUCGUGCCGCUGCGCUUGGAUAAUGUUUUUGCGUUGAUUACAAGCAAGAGAAAGUGAGAUUUUUGCAGGCUAUUGGGUUUUCUUUUUGCCAAAAAAGUAGAUUGUUCGGAUUGUUGAAUGAAAUCUUUCGGCGCUUUCAUCUUCCAGCAUUUGAUUAUUCCGGUGCUUUUUUUCCAGUACCUGAACGUUCUGGGCAAAAUCUACUGGGACCAAUGGUCACAUGCAACUGUGGACAUCUGGCAUCCUGUCGACGAGCAACCCCGCUGCUCUGUUCUCGUGGUGAGAGGACCGCAACAACAACCCAGGCACUAAAGCAUCGCUUCACUCUCGUCAAAUGGUGCUGCUUCGCGUUCCUUCUGCUCAUCUUCGCCCUCAUUGUGUUCUCGGGACUUCUGACGUCGGCAUCGAGCGAAUUGAGCCUGGACAGCUCGUUUCUGUUUCUGGCGAUCAUCUCCAUGAUCCUGGUGCUGUUCGCCGGUCUGUGCUGCUUACGUGCACGUGCAAUCUGUAGGAAUCGUGCUGCCCGCCAUGGAUCAGCGUAUUGUCGCCGUGUUCACAGCAAUCAUCCACGUUCAUUCCGAAUUCCAGCUUCAUUUUUUGCGCAUACUGUACAUACACGACCACAUAUCCAUCCAUCGCCAAGCUCAUUUCGUUUCUCCGAAUCCUCUCUGUAA